UUCCAUACAUACUUACCGGUAAAAUGAAUAAUUACUGAUGGCUGUUUGGAAUAACUAUGAGUCGUAAACCGGUAAAUACGAUAAUGUGACACCGGUGGAGAAGACGCGGCAGCCAAUCAGCGUCCAGUACCUGAGGGCGGCGCGGGCGGAGGAGUCCACAGGUUCACUUCAGUGCGUAGGGAGGAGGAGGAGUGAGAGAGGUGGUGUUGUGAGGAGUCCGUUGCUUGGGUGUCAUGUCAGGCUCAAAGUGUUACAAAUGUAACCGCAUGGGCCACUUUGCUCGGGAAUGUCCCAUGGGCAGUGGUCCAGGACCCCGGGGACGUGGCGGGCCCAGGGAAAAAUGCUACAAGUGCAACCGCCCGGGUCACUUUGCCCGCGACUGCAAGGAGGAGGAGGAUCACUGCUACCGCUGUGAUGGCGUCGGCCACAUCGCCAAGGACUGCGAACACUCCUCUGAUGAACCCUCCUGCUACAACUGCUCCAAGAUGGGCCACAUAGCUCGGGACUGCCCUGAGCCGGAGCGCACCUGCUAUGUGUGCAACAAGAGUGGCCACAUCUCACGCCAGUGUACGGAGAACAAAAGUGAGAACCGCAACGCAAAGUGCUACGUGUGCGGCAAGAUCGGGCACAUCUCCCGGGAGUGUCCCAUGGGAGGCGAGCAGGAGAACGAGAAGCGCUGUUACGUGUGUGGCGCAGGGGGCCACAUCUCCCGAGACUGUCCUCAGGGAGAGUCCGACACCACUUGCUACAGAUCACCAGGAAGGGGUCCCUUCAUGUUUGGGGGGGACAUGUUGAGGAAGGACAUGUCGUUUGGACCAAACCUGCAGAGUGAGAUGCAGCAGCUGAAAAGACAGCUUGACUUUGUGAAUCAAAAGUAUGAAAAUGAGAAGCUGAAGAGAGAACUGCUGGAAAAAGAAAAGGCCUUGGAGAUGGAGAGAGCUGCCAUGUUAAAUUCACAAGGAGGCAACUACAACAGUGGAAUGGAUGGUCUACAAGGAAUGCAAAGUAGACCUCAGAUGGAUCGGUUUAGUGACAUUAGAAGUGACAAUACAAGGAUGGCAGGGGAACAGUACUCACAAGAAUCUCUUUCACAGUCCAUGCUAAACUCAGGCUGCCAGCAGAGCUAUGGCCUGGAUCAUUACCAGCAGGGACUCAAGAGAGAUGCAAUGACAAGGCAAGAUAACUGGGACCUGAAACGGCAACGCUAUUGAUUAAGCAUGUAAUUCCAGUACUGAACAGACUGUCUUACCCAGAUAUACACUUAAGCCUCGCUAAGUCAAAGUACCAGAUAAUACACUUGAUUCAUGAAGGUUUGCCAGGGGUGAAUCAUUUGCUCCAGAUGCUAAACAGGCUUCUGUAAUGUAUACACACUAUCUACAGUGUAUAAAACAUGUAUCUAUGUCCAAGUCCCCCUCCCCUUCCUCCCCCCCUGAAGGUAUCACCAAUUUAUAUAUUUCGGCCGUGUAGUUUCAUGGGGAUGGUCAGGAGUGCAUUACAAGCGUGUCGUGAUGAGGGGUUUUGAGCCAUACUUAUAAAAAAUAUGUUUAUUCCUGCCAUCGUGGAGAACAUUGCUUUGACAACUGAAUGAAAAUUCUGAGGUCACAAACUGUUCAGUAGCGGUUCAUUUUCCAUAGGUUAACUAGUAGUUUCAGUAUCUUUGUAAAGUAUUUGCUGUGUUGGGUCAUCACUGAGAUGUGUUUUAAUGUUUGGGAAAUUUUAUCACACCAAAACUCGUGGGCUGAGUGUUCCCUCUGACCUGCCUCACUCCUGCCCUGGAAGUUCUGUUUGGAAAAUGUCAAUUCCUGCUACUGACAGUGAUGAGCUGCUGAGCUUUUUGGCAUUGUUCAGGAAAUUACUGUUGUGGUACUGCAUAACAACCAUGUCUGUCUUGGCCAGCUGAGGUGCUGCUGCUGCUGCUGCUCGUUCCACACCUGCUACACAUUUUUAAUCCUCACUGAGGUGACAUAAAGCCUGCACAGGCCAGGAUUGUGCCUCCCCAGCCUGCCUUCCAUGUCCUCAGUUGUAAAAUGUUGGAAUUAUUCAUCUUAGUCAAUCAGAAGUUAAUAGAACAUUCAGAUAGCAGGGAUUGCUCUUUGUCGUCAUUUUUUGUUUCAUCCUGAUUCUUUUAAUGGUCAUCAUUAGGACUUUUUGUAUACACCCGGGCUGAAAAGUGACCGGCAACCCAGGCUGCAGCUGCCAGGCUCUAAGGUAAUGGCAAGGCAGGAGGCAGGACAGCAGUGUCACAGCAUACCAGCUGUUAGAGGUGCGGGAUGAGGACAGCAAACACUGGGCUGGUGCUUAGUGACUGGCUUGAGAGCAAUAAUUCCACAUUAACAGUCAAGCACCGGUGAUUGUGUUGGCCACAGCCCCAACCCGUGGAUGCCUCAUUCACGUCAAACAUGGAGUGGUGAGGAGGGCUGUGGCUGCCUCGCUCAGGUCAAAUAUGGAGUCAGGGACUGUUCAUCAUCCAAAACAAACUUGUUGACUUUAGUAAUCAUAGAUGAGCUGUAUCCUCAGGACCCGCCCGUGAUGCCGUCAAAAGGCACGUGCAUCUUGUGGAUCAGGGACGGCAAAGCCUAGGUGUGGUUGUUUGACUUGCAUACACAGGUGUUUCUCGUGUUUAGAGUAUUGUUAGCAACACUGGCUCUACUCAUCAGUUAUAUUUAAAAGUUUAUACGCUCCAAGAAUUUAUACCGAUGCCAUUUAUUAGAAGACUGAAUGGCAUGGUACUAAUUAAAUGGUUGUCAAACAUGUUACAUUAAGCAGUAUAUAAAGGUGAAGGGAACCCUGUGAAUGUUGAAUUAGCGAGGUUUGUGUGUACUAUCUUUUUAAUAAUUGUGUAAUCCCGAAAAUGUUAAAUUAAAUUACAUUAUUACUUUGGUUUAGGAUGAUAGAUGGAUUAUUAAGACUGCUUGUAUAUAGUAAGCUAAUAUAACGGUGACGUUUCAAGUGGUGGUAACAAAGGUGUCUGCAUUCAAUAUUUUUGGUAGAAUUGUUUAAAGUCUGAUAAUCACACUUAAUUUUUAAUGUUCUCCCAGAUGGGAAAAGGUUGAAGUGUAUAUCCAGUGUGACUGAGAACGCUGCACACUUGACAGUAAGGUGACGGUGGAAGAGAUUCCUUGCCCUGCCCUCCGGGUCAUCAUUAAGAUCAGGGUAACUAGACAUGGCAAGAUUUCGGCCCCAAAAUUUGAGUCACUAAACUUGUCCAUUCUUAAGUAGUAGUCUUCAUUUUAAGUAAGUUUUGUGCUUAAAUCAUUUAUUUCUAUUGAAAGCAGAGUUUCAAGUGUACAAUGUUUCUAUAAUUUUCUGUAGUGAAAUUAAUGUAAGACAAUACCUGUUUUCAUGUAUGUGAGAAUGGUGCAAUGGUUUGUGCAUCCUUGCUUCCACUCGAGGCCACUUUGGGACACUUAAGGUAACGUCUGCACCAUUGGCAGGAAUGUUGUGAGCUCUCCAAAUUCUAAGUAAGGACCCUUUUCAACAUAAUAAAAUUAUAGACGUGGAGCAGAUCAGGAAGUUUUCUGAAAGGGAUUUCAAAAUAAAAAUGAUUUCAAUAAUA